CGCUUAUCAUUGUCUUUAAAUUUCUAUUCAAUCUCUCAACUAUUCUAACGAUUCAGUAUAUAAUCCUUCACUUUGUGGUGUUAGUAAUUUCUGGGGAAAGAAGAAUUUCAAAAUUGUUUUGUUCGUUGGAGAUGGAUUUUCGUGGAAUGAAGAGGAAAGAUCUACAAGCUCUAUGCAAGAAACAUGGAAUCCCUGCAAAUUUGAAGAAUAUUGAGAUGGCUAAUCGACUCGCUUCUGUUUUCGAGAAGGAAACUGAAGAAAUUGUAUCGGAAACGACGAUUUCGCCUGAUGGUAUCAAGGAGAAUCAAGCUGUUGGCAAAAAGGCUAAGAAAGUAACAUUCAGUCCUGAGAGUGAGAAUCAAGUUUUCGAAUUCAGUCGUUCUGUUAAGAAACUCAAGCAGAAAAAUGUCAGCCAAGGGACUGCUCAAGAUCUUCAACAAGGUGGAAUUAUCCUAAGGCGGUCCACGCGGCUCGCAGCUAAAUCCAAGACAGGAACUUUAGUACCUGCUAAGCGUCUAAAUCGUUCAAAGCGAACUGCAGAUCAUAAGUUGGGUCAAGCAAUGAGUAAUUCACCCAAGAGAUGUUCAGAUAUUGAAUCUGCACAAGAUGGAGCCUUUGUUCAGUUUGAUCAAGAAGAAGCAGGUGGUGCUAAUGUGGAAGAAGAAGGACGCUCUUCCAAGAAAAGGAAGAGAGUGAGUCAAGAAUCUGAAAAAGAGAAUCUACAAGGAGUGUUUGAAGACUCACCUUCUACAUCCGAAACCAAAGCUGCAGAACCCGUUAUAUUUGCUGAGAAUGUUUUGGGUUCUACACCAAAAGUUGAUAGAAACACUAGAGAGCUGAAUUCUGAACUUAUUGAAGAAGAACGUGAAGAGAAACAGGAGCAAGACACAGUUCUGAUGGCGUCUGAAGAGAAACAGGAGCAAGACACAGUUCUGAUGGCGUCUGAAGAGAAACAGGAGCAAGAGUUCGAUGAUGAGUGUACUUCUCCCAAUAUUCCAGAAAGACAUUCCUUUUCUGAGGAGUCUGAAUUAGAAGAAGCGGCAAAAAGUGAAGAAAAGAAGGCUGUGGUAUUGCAAGUUGACUGUGACAUUUUCACUAGUGCCGAGAAACACUUCCUGCUUGCAACAGAUGAAGGGAUGAAAGGUGACAAUAUAACUGCUAGCUCUCAUGAUUUGUCUGAUGAUCUCACUGAUUCUGAGAGCCACUCUCUUAUGGGAGACAGUGUGGUUCAAGAAAAUCAUGUUGCUACUCGGGAUUUCAGAGAAAACACCAUUGCUGAUUGCGGUAUCGCAUCUCAAGUUUCUUACAGCCAUGAGUUAAACUCCGGGGAAAAAACUGCAGGUGUAGAGUUUAUACCAAAAAGUUCUCAGACAACAAAGGUUGUCGAGUCUCCACAUGUUGAUUCAGUGAAUCUUGUUGAUCUUGACAUCGAGGGGGCAGAAACAAUCAUAGAUGCAGAAAGAAAAAUUGAUAUUCUUGCCUUACCAGCGAAAGAAGAAUCUACCCUUUCCACAAACAUUCGGAAUCAGAUGAACGAUGCAUCGGAGGAAUUGGCAACAACAGACAAUAAUAAAGCAGACGGGCUCAUAAAAGCAAAGGUAAUGAAGAAUUCUCAAAGUGGCUACAAGGAAAAUCUCCAGUUGGACUCUUCAGGUGGCCCUUCGGUUUUUGGGAAGACAUGCGUCUUAAGUGAAACGGAGGAUGAGCAAAGUGGUCGCACAAUUCUGGAAUAUGAAGCUACUGGUCUUGUAGCUACUCCCUUUGAGAAAGGCACCUCUCUGACUCCUAAUGAAUUCAUUGUUCAGGAUUACAUAAACGAAGAAGGUCUAGAUGCUACACAACGGACAUCAAAGCAAAUCAGAGGGCAUUUCCCACAUGUGAACUCAGUUAAUCUAUUCGAUUUUGACACUGAGGUGACAGAGACAACUGUGGAAACAGAAAGAAAUGUUCCUCUCAGCUCCUGUGUACUUCCCUUACCAGCUGAAGGUGAUUUCGAGACAACUAGUGAAAUUUCAAGCAACCUUGAAGUUGCUGGAACCAGUUCCAUGGUGUCAAAAGCAGGUGGUGAUAAUGUUGAAGAAGAAGGAGGCUCUUCCAAGAAAAGGAAGACUGUGAGUCAAGAAUUUGAAUUAGAGAAUCCACAAGGAAUGGCUGAGGACUCACCUUCUACAUCCGAAACCAAAGCUGCAGAACCCGUCAUAUUUUCUGAGAAUGUUUUGGAUUCUACUCCAAAAGUUUCAGUUGAUAGAAACACUAAUGAGUUGAAUUCUGAACUUAUGAUAGAAGAACGUGAAGAGAAACAGGAGCAAGACACAGUUCUGAUGGCGUAUGGUGACUCUGAAAAGACUGCCGAAAAAGUGGCUGCAGAGUUCCAUGAUGAGUCUGCUUCUACCAAUAUCCCAGAAAGACAUCCCUUUCCGGAAGAGUCUGAAUUAGAAGAAGCGGCAAAAAGUGAAGAAAAGAAGGUUGUGGUAUUGCAAGCUGACUGUGACAUUUUCAUCACUGUUCCGGAGAAACACUUCCUGCUUGCAAUUGAUGAAGGGAUGAAAGGUGAAAAUAUAACUGCUAGGUCUCAUGAUUUGCCUGAUGUUCUCACUGAUUCUGCGGACCAAUCUCUUAUGGGAGACAUUGAGCUAGCUGAAAGCAAGGAUGUGGAAUUGUUGGCUGUAUCUAACAUUUCCACUAACCUGGAGAGACAUUUGCUAUCUGGGGACUCUGGACUAGACGGAAGAAGAACGAUAAUAGAUAGUACAACAGCCACUUGCAAAACGUCAUUUGUUUUUGUUCCUCCAGAGAGAACCCAGCUUCUUGAAAAGUCUGAACCACACACUGCUGGAAAGCAUGAACGAAAGGAAGUGGAGUUCAAGGAAGAGUCUGGACAGGACCGAUUUGGUAAUAGUAAGUCCGGCUCAAGCGAGUAUCAAAGCCAUCAUGUUUCUUCUCUCAAAGUUAUGUUGAAGGACGAUAAUGUGGUUCAGGAAAGUCACGUUGCUGCUCGGGAUUUUAGAGAAAACACCAUUGCUGAUUCAAGUGGUAGUAUCGAAUCCCCAGUUUUUGACAGCCAUGAGUUAAACUCCGGGGAAAAAACUGCAGGUGCAGAGUUUAAACCAACAAGUUCUCAGGCAAAGAAGGUUGUAGAAUCUCCACGUGUUGACUCAGUGAAUCUUUUUGAAUUUCACAUUGAGGGAGCAGAAACAAUCAUGGAUGCAGAAAGAAAUUUUGAUAUUCUUGCCGUACCAGCCAAAGAAGAAUCUAGCCCUUCCACAAACAUUCAGAAUCAGAUGAACGAUGCAUCAGAGGAGUUGGCAAUAACAGAUAAUAAUAAAGCAGACGAGCUCAUAAAAGCAAAGGUAAUGAAGAAUUCUGAAAGUGGCUACAAGGAAAUUCUCCAGUUGGACUCUUCAGGUGGCCCUUCGGUUUUUGGAAAGACAUGCGUCUUCAGUGAAACGGAGGAUGAGCAAAGUGGUCGCAAACUUCUGGAAUAUGAAGCUACUGGUCUUGUAGCUACUCCCUUUGUGAAAGGCACCUCUCUGACUCCUAAUGAAUUCAUUGUUCAGGAUAACAUAAACGAAGAAGGUCUAGAUGCCACACAAGGGACAUUAAAGCAAAUCAGAGGGCAUUUCCCACAUGUGAACUCAGUUAAUCUAUUUGAUUUUGACACUGAGGGGACAGAGACAACUAUGGAAACAGAAAGAAACGUUCCUCUCAGCUCCUGUGUACUUCCCUUACCAGCUGAAGGUGAUUUCGAGACAACUAGUGAAAUUUCAAGCAACCUUGAAGUUGCUGGAACCAGUUCCAUGGUGUCAAAAGAAUCUGCCCCUUCCACAGACACUCAGACCCAGAUAAAUGAUGCACUGGAGGAAAUGGCAAUAGCAGACCAUAAUGAAGCAGACGAGCUCAUAGAAGCAAAAGUAACGAAGAACUUGGACUCUUCAGGUGGCUCUUCUGUAUCUGAGAUGACAUGCGUCUUAGGUGGAACAGAGCAUGAGCAAUUGGGUUAUAAUUCUGAAGUAGAUUUUAAAAACACAUCUGAGAAAAGCGGUCACAAAUUUCUUAAAGAUGAAGCAACUGAUCCAAUUUCUACUGAGAAAGACAUUCCCCUGGGCCCUGAUGAAUCCACUGUUCAUAACAGCAGAAACGAGGAAGCAGCGGAAGAAGAAAUGAUUAAGAGAGAAACCACUCCAAGUCUUGAAGAAACCCGGAAUGAGUCAUCUGAAAACAGGAAGGAUUAUUUGAACAUUGGUGAGUCAGGUGCGUUAUCUGAGAAGCAAGCAAGAAGAGAACCAAUGUUGAUUUACAGAACACAAGUGAAGCCUAAAAUGCAAGACAUGAAAGAGAACGCACCAAACUCAAAGAUUGUGGAUAAUCUGAACGUAACAGCUCCAAGGACAUCAAAGAGACAGCCGCUCCAAGACUUGAGGAAGAACUAGAAGACUAAUUUGCAUAUCUCAUGCACGUUUUAGAGAUUUGUCUAAAAUUUUCCUUGUUUGCUAAUAAUUUAGUUUCUGACUGUAUUAUGUGUUUGGCAAACCUAUCUUGCGUUAGCUCUACGACUAAGUCUAUAAACCUUUCAAAUUUUUAUUUUGGCUGUCUUCAAAUA